AUGUCUAACAAAUUGUCAUCCACUUCGACAUCUCAUCGUACUCGAGGUACGAAGAACGGACCCGAGCGCGUCUGGACAGACGUCAUCUUGGCGAUUAAGCCCAUGUACUCUGCGCUCAUACAGACGCGCGAGAAGAAUCAUGAAUUUAGGGAAUACAAACUGCGUCCUGACGUAAUGCGACUGUGGCUCUACGAGUCGGCACCUACGUGUGCCAUAACGCACGUGGUCGAGACAAUCUCACCCAAGACGCCAGGAGAUAUUCGCGACUCCAGCGGCACUGGAAAUGAUGCAUUUGACGCCGGGGAGGGAUCACGCUAUGCAUAUCCUAUACGCGCGUUAUACAGACUGAACGAGCCACUCAAGAGGCAGCAGCUUCAAAAUGCAUAUGGCAUGAAGUCACCGCGGGGUUUUUGCUACGCAAGCCGCCAAAUGACAGAGAAUUUGCCUCUGGCACAAAUGGAACGUGUAUACUAA